AUUACAAUAAAUCAAAGAAAGAAAUAUGUCAAAGGCUACGUCAAAAAUGCAACAAUAAAUGACAGUAAAUAACUUAUUAUAAAAUUAUAUUAAAAAAAUUAUAAAAAUUCUCAGUGAAAUGCCCAAUACAAGACGACGACGGUUCUCUGUGCAAAAUGAUAUCGCCCGCCGAGACUCCACCAAAAUUCAAAACAUUUCUCAAAGCAGUCAUCCAGACCUUAAUGAAGAGAUAAAAGUGAUGACCAACAACCUCGUGGCGAUGAGACCCGCGAAGGUCAAAAACAAAACACAUCCGAGCAGUUCUAAAAAUUCCUCGUCUCUCGAAAUAGUUGCCGAAUGUGAGAGCAAAACUUCCAUGUUGACAAUCAAAAAACGAUCCAGUGUAACCGUAGAUAAAGACGUGUCAGCAAGUUCUAGUAGCAUUGACCUUAUAAAGGAAGCCAAAAAGGAUGAACCCAUUUCUCAGUCAAACGAAGCAAUAAACACUGAUGUUGACGAAUUAAAAAAUGUAGGAUAUACACACAGAGAUAGAACAGUCAGACGAGAUAAACCUAGACAGCAUCGAGUUAAAGUCAGAAGUCCGAAACGACGCGUGGCUAUCUUUGAAACGAAAACUGAUAAUGACAGACGGACUAUUGGUACAGCGCCCAUUGACUGGUCACAAGUUGAUGUCGUACCUGAGCUUCUACCCGUAGAAAGUACUGAGGAUGAAGACAGACCAAGCGACCAUUCAACCGAUGAUAUGUGCCGUAUAUGCCACAGCGGGGACGCGUUAUCACAAGAACUCGGUAGAUUGAUAUCCGCGUGUUCGUGUCGUGGUACCGUUGGUAGGGUCCACGUUAAAUGCCUGGAGCGGUGGCUCACCGAAUCAGGUAAAUCUAGAUGCGAACUCUGCGGCACCAGAUACGCCACAAAACGUGUCCACCGAUAUGGCGUGCCGCGAGCUCUACUUAUGUGGAUAUUGAGUCAAAAUGCAAAACAGUUGAUGGUGGACAGUUUGGGUAUAAUGCUGAUGUCGCCUCUAGCAGUGCUUGCCGCGUGGCUCUCUGGACGCACGCUCGCCGGUCUCAUGACGCAGGACAACCAUGUUGCUCCCUGGCCUUUGGCGUCCACCUUCGUACUCGCUUGCAUGACUUUGGUAUGCUAUUACUGCUGGAUCGUGUCGGCUGCCACGCGUCAUGCCCUGGGCUGGUGGAUAUGGUACAGAUCUCAGUAUGAAAUGCGACUUCAAUUCCAGGAGAGUGAAGAGUGAAUUACAAACAUAACAUUGUUCAUAAUUGGGUAUAUUAAAUUCAUCGUUUGCUAAUUUAUUGAAGCGUGG